AUGACUCCUUCAGAUAAGGAUAUCGAAUGGGAGUUGGAAGAGGGCAUUCCGCAAUUCGAAGAUCCGUUCAUCCAAAAGUACCUCAACGGCCGCGAAGCAUUAAUCGAGCAAGAACAUAAGAAGAGGCAUGACGCCACCUUUUACAAAUCAAUGUCUACGGUUGCGCAGGAAGCGUGUCACAUUGUGUCCGUCAUUCGAAAUAAGGAACUGAGUCAAGUCUGGACCAAAGGUGAGGACUGGCCAGACGAUGAACUCCUCUACCCCGGAGUGAUGUUCACCGUCGCCCGAAAGCGCAUGGAGCAGACCAAGUUAUGGAAAAUCGUCGAGCGUAUGCCCAAAGGUUCGCUUUUGCACGCUCACCUCGAUGCCAUGUUUGACCUUGAUUUUCUUAUUGAUCAAGCAUUUGAGACCCCGGGAAUUCACAUGUCUGCCCCUGCACCGUUAUUAACAAAGCAGGAUUUUGAGAUAGCCCCCUUCAGCUUCCAGUAUUCAUCGACGCCUUCGGAUGACAAAGAAUCUAUCUGGGCCAAGGAGUAUCAGGCCUCGUCUCUCAUUAAUAUACAGGGGGCAGCGGCGACAUUUCCGAACGGCGGAGAAGAUGGGUUUCGAAAAUGGCUUAAAGGAAGAAUGAUGCUUUCUGCCGAGCAUUCUUAUUACCACCACCAUGGAGUGAAUGCAAUAUGGGAGAUCUUUCAACGCACAUUCCCGAUCAUAGGCAGUAUAUUAUUUUACGAACCGAUCUUCCGAUCGUGUCUACGGCGUAUGUUGGGUGAGUUGGCUAGAGAUGGGAUUCGAUAUGUCGACUUUAGAACAGCAUUUGUCUUUGAAUAUCGCCAACAAGGAGUCGAUACUCCCGAGAAGGAUUACAUUGAGUUUUUCCGCGUCUUCAAGGACGAGAUUGAGAAAUUCAAAGCUACGGAAGAAGGAAGUCGCUUUUACGGGGCACGCAUGAUAUGGACUACUCUUCGAUUUUUUCCCAACAAAGAAAUCAUCGAGAAUAUGAAGCAGUGCAUAAUCGCCAAGCAAGCAUAUCCUGACAUGAUCUGUGGGUUCGACGUUGUCGGUCAAGAAGACAAAGGACGGCCGCUUGCAGACCUGAUACCCGUUCUUUUUUGGUUCCGCAAGGUAUGUGCCGAAGAAGCGGUCGAGAUCCCUUUUUUCUUCCACGCAGGUGAAUGUCUCGGCGAUGGCGACGAAACCGAUGAGAAUUUGUACGACGCGAUUCUUUUGGGAACGCGUCGUAUCGGCCACGGGUAUUCUCUAUUCAAGCAUCCGCUCCUGAUCGAUUUAGUUAAAGAAAAGAAAAUACUUAUCGAAUGCUGUCCUAUCUCUAACGAAAUCCUGCGGCUGUCCAGUACCAUUAAACACCAUUCCCUGCCAGCACUGUUAUCCCGAGGUGUCUCUGUAUCGCUCAACAACGACGAUCCAGCUGUGCUUGGAACUGGGAAGAACGGCCUCACGCAUGACUUUUGGCAGGUGCUUCAGGGAUUAGAGAAUAUGGGGUUGUCGGGGCUGGCCACCAUGGCGGAGAACUCGGUUCGCUGGAGUUGUUUCGAGGAUCAAAAGGCGACGGAGUGGCAGGCUGAUAUACGGAGCGGCAUCAUGGGCAGUGGAAUGAAGGCGAAGCGUCUGCAGGAAUGGUACGAGGAUUUCGAGAAGUUUUGCCAGUGGGUGGUGCUGGAGUUUGCGGACGAAGUGGAGGAUUAG